UCGACUAAUUUUAACUGAACAUGGCCUGAAGUUAGAAAUGAAAAAAUUUUUCUUCAUGCAUGCAAUUUUUAAAUUACAUGACACGAACAUCAAUAUAGAAGCGAUACCAUAGAUAAAUUAUCUAUACAAUGUCACGGAAUUAUACAAGCUGGAUGUAAAACCUAAUAUUCCUGCGCCGUUGAUUAGUAACGACCGUGACAUACGAAGCAAUCACUAGUCCAGUGAAUGUGAUAGAACAAAAAACGGGUGAAUUACACAGAAAUUAAAAAUGAAUUGUCGUAAAAUAAAGUCAUUGUGUUAUCGGCUUUUUGUCAUUAGUCAGUACUUAUUCUUCAAGUUAAUCGGAUUGUCACCUUGGUCUAUCGAAGCUUCGGAAAUAAUUACCAGAAACCGAAGAAUUGAAAGUCAUAAUUUUAAAUACACUUUUUCAUAUGUUGGAAUAUGUUAUAACUCUAUAUACAUAUUUAUUACAGUAUCAUAUAACAUUUACGUUGUUUUGUAUUUACAACUAACAUUUUACCGCAAACAGAUACAGACUUUCGAAACUUUGUUUUUAUUAUCUUCAGUGCCAUGUAUUGUUUUUAUUGUGCUAAAUUAUAGUAUCCGACAAAAAGUACCAAUAAAUCUAAUCAACAAUCGAUUGAAAAGUGUUGAUAAAAAUUUAAAUAGUUGUGCAGAUUAUAAAAGUGAAAAUGAUUACACUAUCGAUUGGAUAUUUUCAAUAAAUUUUGUUUGUACUUGUAACGUAGUAAUACUCAUUUAUUUGGUCAAUAAAUCCGAAAUAAUAAUCUUUAUGAUGUUAUUGCCGAAUAUUUUGACAAAGUGGCCCUUGAUUCAUUACACUAUUUUUAUAAAUUUAAUCCGAAGACGAUUUGAGGCGAUCAAUUCGACGCUUUUGAAAUUGGGCACUACCGAGAGUAAAAUAUCGGAUUCCCGUGAGUUAAUUCUGGAAGAUCUUACAAGCUUAAAACGCGCGUACGCGGAAAUUUGCAAAGGAUGUGAUGAAAUAGUGAAUUUUUACGGAAUUUCUAUUUUGAUUGUUUCUUCUGUCAUGUCCAUCCGGCUGGUGCGCAUUUUAUACUAUACAAUCGUAAAAACGAUUUAUUUACCGAUAGUUGAUGUUACAUUAUUCAUAGUUGGACUGAGUUUGUGGGAAUAUAUUUAUAUCUUUAUAAUAUUGACAACAGCAGUAACUAAAGUGAUUGAACAGAAUAAAAAAACUUCAAGGAUUUUAAACUUGCUCAGGGAUCGAUUCGAUAUGGAUGAAGAAAUAUUUAAAAAAGUGUUGAAGUUUUCUUCCCACCUUCCGUUUCUGACCGUCGACUUCACCUGUUGGGGAAUUAUCCCAUUAGAUCGCACUCUUUUGACUAUGAUUUCUAGUACUAUUGCAACAUAUCUGGUUAUUUCCAUUCAAUUCUACAACACCUUAUCUGCCAAUUAAUUUGUAAAUAAUUA